GACUUCAAAAAUGGUGAAUUACGGGGGAGACGAAGUCUCUGCUCUGGUCGUCGACAUAGGAUCGUCUUCUAUACGUGCAGGGUAUGCAGGAGACGACACGCCCAAGGCUAUCAUAUCCACGUCGUACGGUUACAAACAGGCAGCACAGUCCUCAGAUGGCGACGUCCAGAUGUCAGAAACCACAGCAGACGGCGACGCCCCUACUGAGCCUACGAAGAAGAAAGACACAAAGAUGUUCUUGGGCCAGCAUGGGCCGUCAAUCUGGAGAGAAGGCAUGGAAAUAGGGAGCCCACUACGUGAUGGUCUCAUAACCGACUUCAACCCUGUACCGGCGCUCCUAUCCCAUGCAUUGGUAGAUGUCAUGCGAUGCAAUCCCUCAGAACAUCCCACCCUUGUUACAGAGCCUGCCUGGAAUACGCAAGCGAACAGAGAACGAAUGGCUGAAAUCAUGUUUGAAGAAUUCCAAGUGCCUGCUUUUUAUAUCGCGAAUACGGGCGUCCUCAACGCAUUCGCCGCCGGGAAAGGAUCUGCGCUCGUCAUUGAUGUUGGUCAAUCAAUGGCAAGUAUCACACCCGUCGUGGAUGGUUUUGUCCUCCGAAAAGGCCUCGUAUCUUCUCCUCUCCCAAAACUCGUCCAUGCUAACGCAAGGCACAUCCUCGCAAACCCUACCGCAACCCGCGCCGGGAUUGAGCUGUACCCACACCAGCUGAUAGCAAGCAAGACGCCAGUUGAAUCAUCAGCCCCUCCGCAAUACGCUCUUCGUACAGACCGCAUGGCUGGAACUACAGAAAGUUGGAGAGUCUGGUACGAGAACAGAGAAGUCGACGAAUGGAUCCAGAGCGUAGCUGGAGUUCUUGACCAGGGUUGGAACGAUCAAGCUGCUACACUUCGCCCACCGCGGCAAUAUGAAUUCCCUACAGGCUACAAUGCCUACUUCGGCUCAGAACGGUACCACGUCGGCGAGCAGUUCUUCCAUCAUUCACAACAAUUAGUUGCUUCCAAUCCCAACCUCCCAAAAACGAUCCCGGCACUCCUCUCGGACUCUCUUCGUGGCUGCGACCAAGAUCUUCGCCAAGUCCUCAUGGGUAACAUUGUCCUCACUGGCGGUGGAAGCUUAUUCGCCGGUUUCUCCGACAGACUGGAGAAUGAGCUGUCGAGGAACUUUGCACAUGUAAAGAUACAUGCUCCCGGUAACCCAAUCGAGCGUCGAUACGGAGGAUGGCUCGGAGGGAGCAUACUAGCUAGCUUGGGUACAUUCCACCAACUUUGGAUAAGCAAGGAAGAGUGGCAGGAACAUGGCAAGGCCAUCGUCGGCCAAAGGUGUAAAUAAUUUGUGAAGUAGUGCAGUUGUAAAGUCGGUUUGUAACAUCCGUAUCCUGUUGUUUCGGGGAAAACCAGAACACCAGCUUUCAGACC